GCCUCCCACGAGCUCCAAACCCUCGAUGUCUACCACCUCACCAAGUCGCCGUCCGCAUUAUGGGUGAUCUUCAUACACGGCGGCGCCUGGCGCGACCCCCGCAUCACCUGCUCAGCCGGCAACCCGCUGAUCAACCACCUCCUCAGCGCCUCGCUGCCCAUGCCCAUCAACGCCGCAUCCCUCAACUACCGCCUAUCCAGCUCCCACCCCUCCCCAAUCCGGCACCCGGACCACAUAGACGACGUACAGGCCGCACUUCAGCACCUGCGCACGCACUACGGCAUGCGCGAGUACGCUCUAGUUGGGCACUCCGCCGGUGCGACGCUGGCGUUCCAGGCGCUCGCCAGUGCGCAGCACCCCCCGCGGGCAAUCUACGGCCUUGAGGGGAUCUACGAUCUCCGGGCGCUGGUGGCGGAGUACCCGGACUACCGGGGGUUCGUGGAGGGGGCGUUUGGCGCGGAGCAGGCGGGGUGGCCGGCGCCGCUGGCGCUGGGCGGGUAUACGGGCCUCGUGGUGCUCGCGCAGAGCGAUAGCGAUGAGCUACUGAGCUGGCGGCAGACCGAGGAGAUGAAAGGAAGGUGUGAGGAUACGAUCGGCGUGGGCGGCGGGUUGAGGGUCGUUAAGGUCGUGGGACGACAUGAUGAGGUGCUGGGCUGUGAGCGCGUGGCGGGCGUCGUCGAGAGGUACUUGAGGGAGUUG